GUUAUACAGGUUGUGGCGAAGCGUGAGAGGAGCGGGUUACUCGGCGCAGGUCGUGGUCGGUCGUGGCUGAUAGCGUGGCCUCACUGAUAAGAGAGAUAGCGCCGCCCUGCCGAGACGCCAUCACCGCUGCACGGGACCCGCACUGUCAGGAGUGGAGCCCCAGCCCAUUCCCGAGACGACCUUUCCCCGGCAACUCUCGGGGGGUGGCACGUCAAAAUACCAGUGAGUCGGUCUGAACUGCAGCAUGGUGAACCCCGGGGUGGCGGCCACGGGGAUAGGCAGGGACCCCUCCGUGACCCGCCGUCGGGGCAGCGUGUUCCGUAGGGCGCUCAUCUCCGUUGGAAUUGUUUCCAAAGAGGAGCGCCUAGUGGCGGCGGCGGACAGCGGGGACGCGGCUUUGGUGGCCUCGCUUCUCUCCGGUGGCGCGGACGUCAACUGGCAAAACAACCACGGGGAAAACGCCCUCAUGUAUGCUGCCUGGCGGGGACACGAGGCUGUGGUGGCGUCGCUGCUGCAGCAUCCCGCCACGCACGUCAACCUGCAGGAUGACGACGGGUGGUCUGCUUUGGUGUGGGCGGCGCACGGAGGGCACACGGGCGUGGUGCGGCUGUUCAUGGUGCACCCCGACACCGAACCAGACUUAGCCAACAACGCCGGCGAGACGGCACUCAUGAAGGCGUCCGUGCACGGCCACGAGAGUGUCGUCAAGCAGCUGCUCAGCUCCUACCGCACUUCUGUGGACAAGUGUCACCCUGACGGGUCCACGGCCCUGCUGUGGGCAGCGGCGGGCGGCAGUGUGGAGUGUAUCUCGGCGCUCCUCGAUGCCAAAGCCAACAUUGCUGAGAAGGACAAGGAUGGCAUGAACGCUCUCAUGUGGGCCGUGACAGUGGGCCGGGCGGAGGCCGCAGAACUGUUGAUUCAGCGUGGUGUGGAUCUGUCCCAGAGAGACAACAUUGGCCGGUCCUCGCUGCUCAUGGCGGCGGAGACGGGCCACGCCGAGGUAGCCAGCACACUGCUGCACCACGACACAGUGGACGUCAACGUAGCCACCAAAGACAAGGUGACGCCUCUGAUGCGAGCGGCGGAGCACGGCCACACCGUUGUGGUCAACAUGCUGUGCAAGUGUAAUGACACAGACGUCAACUUGCAGGACAACAACGGCCGCUCGGCGCUGUUUUACGCCGCGCGCUCCGGCCACGCUGACUGCGUGCACAUUUUACUCAAGCACGGAGCCAUAAAUCCCAACCUCAGUGACCUGGAGGGUCAGACUCCUUCCAUGGUGGCCGCCAGUGGGGGCCACGAGGAGGUGGUGGUGGCCCUUCUCUCUCACCGGGACACUGACAUCUCCUUAAGAACCCGAAAUGGCUUCACAGCUUUCCUCCUAGCUGCUCGGAGCGGCCAGCGCUCGGUGGUGCAGAGGCUGCUGGCACAUCUCGAGGUGGACAUAAACGAGCAGGAUGGGGCGGGCAUGACGGCCCUGGCGUGGACAGCAAAGACUGGCGCCGUGCACGUGGUGGAGUUACUGCAGCAGUAUCAUUCUCUACGGCCCGACACACCAGACAGCGAUGGCCUCACGCCCAUGAUGUGGGCCGCGCGAUGCAACCAGCUGUUGUCCGUCAGGACGCUUCUGAGGGAUUCCCGGAAUGACACAGAGGCCAAGGACCGAGAUGGCCGCACGGCUAUGGCGUGGGCACAGCACGAGGGCCACAAAGAGGUAGCACAGCUGCUGGCGCGCUACAACCAGCUAGCGUCGAGCGGCACUGAAGACUCAGUGGACGAUUCCUCCUCAGAGUGCUCCACCCACACUCCGUCCGCCAUGACGCAGCGCUACAACCACCCCGUGAGCGACAUGCAAGUGGACAACAUCGGGGACGUGGUAAAGCUGCUGGAGAACGGCCCGUAUGUCAGCUGGCGCCAAAAGACCGGGAAGACGUCCUUCGCUUGGGCGGUGGCCAGCGGCCAGAGUGAGGUUGUCAAGGUGUUCCUGCUGGUCCCCGGCCUAGAUGUGAACGAGCGGGACGAGCAAGGUCUCACGCCCCUCAUGGUGGCCGCCAAGAACGGACAUGUUCAAGUCCUUCACUUGCUACUCACGCACAAAGACGUUGACUAUAGCAGUGCUGACUGGCGCGGCCGAUCCGCACUCAUGUUGGCAGCGGAGCAUGGGCAGGUGAGGACCUUGGCUGUGCUGCUGAGGUGUCCUGAGGUAGACGUGAACCAUCAGGACAACGCUGACCACACGGCUCUCACCCUCACCGCCAACGCGGGCAUGUAUGAGCUAACGAAUUUGCUUUUGCAGCACAACGCCAUCAAUGUCAACAUGACAGCCACAGACAGGUGCAGUGCGUUACUGUUCGCCACGCGCGCCGGCCACGACGACACCGCGGAACUUUUGCUCAAGAAUCCCAAGACAGACGUCAAUUUAGAAGACGAUUGCGGUGACACAGCGCUACACGUGGCGGCGGGACACCACGGCAACGCGCGACUGACCCGAGUCCUGCUGCAGCACUCCCACAUUGGCGUGAACCGUCGCAAUGGCCAAGGCAGCACGGCUCUGCUGCUUGCGUCCAAGAAUGGCCAUCUGGAGAGUGCCAAACUGCUGCUGGAGCAUCAUCUCGUCGACGUGAACUCUCGGGAUAACCAGAACAAGACGGCGCUCAUGUACGCCUGCAUCAUGGGCCACGAGGACAUUGUCUGCCUCCUGUUCUCUCACCCAGACCUGGAUCCCAAUCUCCGUUGCAGCGAGCAGGGCAUGUCAGCACUGCUGCUGGCCACGCGCAGCGACCACUCGGGUCUUCUCGCUCUCCUUUGCGCCCGAAACAACAUUGACGUCAACCAGACGGAUGAUUUUCGGGCCUCACCACUGAUGUACGCAGUGAGGCGCGGGUCGCAAGCCUCUGUGGAGGCUCUUCUUGAUCACCCCAACAUAGACAUCAACAUAAGUGACGCGGAAGGCAAGACUCCACUGCUGCGAGCCUUGGCAGACAACCUAUACGGCCUGGCCAUGCUGCUGCUUGCCAGACCUGACGUGGAUGUCAACUCUCGCACGCUGGAGUCCAAGACUGCACUGAUGUACGCAGCCACAUACCCCGAGGGCCUGCCCGCACUCAGGCUCAUGCUGGCCAUCCGCGGCGUGGAGCUAAACGCCGCUGACGAGCAGUCGUGCACGGCGUUGCUUCACGCGUGUAAGUGUGGCAACGUGGAAGCGGCGCUGGCGCUGGUGGAGACUGACGGCGUGGACCUGGAGCUACGGGAUGACCAGGGCAUGACGGCACUCAUGUGGGCGGCGCUGCUCGGCUUCCGCGUCAUCGUGCAGGCGCUGCUGCAGGUGAGGACGCUGGAGGUGAACACGCUGAGUCCUGACGGACUGUCGGCGCUGGGUCUAGCGUGCGAAGCGGGCCACGUGGACGUGGUGCAGCAGCUCGCCUCGCACGCUGCCGUGGAUGUGAACGCCGGGAACGCCGCGGGACGCACGCCCCUCGUGGCGGCUCUCGAGCGGUCCCAACACGAGUGUGUGCGAGUGUUGCUGCAACACCCGUCCCACUCCCUCUCUCGCGCUGGUGUGCGCCCGCCCUACCUGCCGCCCACCCUCAAGGCCAUGGUCAACCUGUACCGCAACAACAGCCAGGUGCGUCACGCCCUGGUGCUGAGCGCCCCACCGCCCUCACUGGUGCUGGACGGAGCCACACGCGCCGGGGAUGCCUGCGUCGCCGGGGGCGGUGAGGUGGCGUCUGUUCUGCUCUCCCUUCCACGCCCCUUCCAGGUGGUGCAGCACGUGUUGCGACGAGCCUCCCCGGAGUCCUUGGCCAAGCAGGUGCACAGCUUCGCCGACAAGAUCCAGCCGGAGGAGGAAGGUGCUGUCGUUCUGUACAUCAGCGGCGAGAUCCUGGUAACUCCGGAAGGUCCCGCCCUUUGCCUCCCUUCAGCACAGCCCGCGCCCACCAACGUUCUCCUCUCCUCUCUGGUGAACGCCCUCGCGGCCACGCCUACGCUGGUACUGCUGCUGGACGCCGUGGCAGUCAGGGUGGACGACGCGGCCUCUCAGAGUGCUCGUUCUAAUCCCCACGCCCACAUCCUACCGCCCCUCCUUCAUCCGAACAUGGCGGCGGUGGGCGGAGCCUCAACGGAGCGCCUGCAGGUGGUUGGAUCUCGGUGCUCGGCCUUCAGUGCUGAGCUGGCCAGGGAAAUCCUUCACGGCGUCACGGUGCAGCAGCUGCACCAAAGAACCAAUCAGCAGCUGGCCGCGGUUCCCCGUACUUCUGCUUCCAGCCCGCCACCUCCUGCUGUCCUGCUCUCCAACCUCUCCCAGGACUGGCUCUUCUGAGGUUUCUGACAGCCGCUGGGCGCUCCUUGGAUAGUGAAAUACCCAACCACUUAUUCACAGAGUCUCCCCUGUGGUACCUGAAGCGUUUCGGAGACGGGCGCGGUGACGACCACAUAAUGGCGGCCCCUGGGUGACAGAGUGGCCUCGCACCAAGCCCUGAAUAUAUGAAGGAAAACCAAAUCUCAAAAGAUUUCAGAAGAGAUUUGUACUUCCUCUUGAGGGUGUUCACGCCCCAGACACCGGAAAAAUUUUGCUAGUGUGAGCAGGUACACCUCACGAGGUGUUUCAGAACUGUAUUAUCUAUAUAUCUAUCUAUCUAUCUGUAUGUCUGUCUGUCUGUUAAUAUCUGACUCCCGUUCCUAUGAAAACAACAGAGGAUGGCUGUAGUAAGAUUCUACGGGGGACCAACCCCUGGCCUCACAUAUUGAGGCCUACUGUGACCACAGCAAUCCCACUUGGCAAGGAUUAAUGCUGCGAUUAUUGUAGCAACACCCUCAUUGGUCAGUUUGGCGGAGACAGCUCAACGUCCCAGAAACAAAGGCAGCAGUUUUCGCACCAGCUGUCCCUUCACGCCACAGUUGCCACAUCCUCGGCCACUUACUAUCAUUGUCGCUAUCAUUAUCACUGAGUUCUUAAAUUACAACAGAGAAGACCUGAGCUGGAAUCUUCAGGUGGUCAAAAAUAAUUUAGGUUAGUCUCCUUUCACGCUGCAGUCCUUGUUCGCCUGGUGGAGGUCAGGCACGAGACCUCACGUGCCGGCAAAAGAGUAAGGCCAGCAAUUCUGCCUUCCCUAGUGCGUGUGUAUGGUCCUGUGGGUGCAAAAGGCCAGUAUUUCUGUCUGUGUGGGUGCGUGUGAAGUGUGUGAGUGGGUCCGUGCCACAAGAGGACGGAGAUUCUCGCCACACCGCUAAAAGUGCCAAACAAGCAUUGUACGGAAUAUUAUAACUGUUAUUUUUAUAUUAA